AUGAGGAUACCUCUGGUCUUGUCCACACUAGCGCUCGUUCUUCCCCGCGUUUUCACAUCACCAGCUCCUGCAUCCAGCGACACCGCAUCAGACGACAGCGCAGCAGCUCCCGCCGUUGUCGAAUCAGACGACGUCCGCAUCCUCAACUACGCUCUCAGCUGGGAAUACCUCGCCACCGCCUUCUACGAGAAAUCCCUGUCCUUGUACUCGAAUGACGACUUCACCGGCGAAGGACACCCCGACUGGGUCUACAAACGCUACGAAGAGAUCUACCAGCAUCGUCAGCAGUACAUCUCGUUCCUCGAGAGUACAAUCACUGCGACUGGGAACCCGUAUAUCACGCCUUGCACUUAUGACUUCACGAAAUACACAGCUACGAUCGGAGAUUUCCUCAACCUUAGUGAAUGGUUCGAGAUCGCCGGUACUUCGAUGUACCAAGGCGCUCUGCAGUAUAUCUCGGAUAACGGCUACAAAUCGAUCGUAGGCUCCAUCCUCGGCGUUCAAGCCCGCCACGCUGCAUGGAUCCACAGCGCCGUCCAAAAGAAGAACCCAUGGAACACACCCUUCGAGACCGGCUUCGCAUUCAACCAAAUCUGGUCCAUCGGCUUCCCCUUCUACGCCUCCUGCCCCAGCACCGGUCCCGGAAUGGACGUCCUCCCGCCCGGCCUCAGGGACUACCCCACAUUCCACAUCGGUUCACCCACCCUCUACCCAGGCCGGAUGACAGACUUCGACUUGUCCGCCGCCUACACCUCCGACCCGUCCUCCCUCCCCUCGCCCACCGACGAUACCAAACUGUUCGUCCUAUUCUCCAUCGGAACUGGGCCGUACAUCGAGUUGCUACACCCUUACGAGGAUUCGGAUGAGAGUCACAAGUACUGGGCUAUGAUUCCUAACGAUUUGGCAUCGAAAGGCGCUGUCUAUGUCUCGAUCGUGAAAGCCUCUGCUGCUGAGGCGUCGCAACCUGGGUUCCAACUCGGUGAUAAUAAUAUGGUGGCGGGACCGAAGAUCUGGAUGUUCGAUUACGAUUCUAACUGGAUGCCUUCAGCUGGAUACGAGUUGUUCAAUCCUUAA